AUCUAAAUUCUAUACAUUUCUAAAGCAACAAUCAUAAUCCAAACUAAUUAGAAGUGUUUCGUACUAAUCAAUUUCUUUUCAUACCCAUUCAAUUAAGUUUGCAAUGACCACAGAAGAACCCAUUGUUGCGGUGGAGUCGGUUCCCGAACCAAUUGUCACCGAACCAACAACAGUUACCGAACCUCAGGUCCCGGAAAAGGAAGAGCCAAAGGCUGAAGUAGGGAAGACGAAGAAGAAAACCAAAGAAUCGAAGUCUAAGAAAGCUUCCAAACCACGAAACCCUGCUUCACACCCUACUUAUGAAGAGAUGAUUAAGGAUGCAAUAGUGUCUCUGAAGGAGAAGAAUGGUUCGAGCCAAUAUGCUAUAGCGAAAUUCAUUGAGGAGAAACAGAAACAGCUUCCUGCUAACUUCAAGAAGCUAUUGCUCCAAAACUUGAAGAAGAAUGUUGCUUCUGGAAAACUUGCUAAGGUUAAAGGUUCAUUCAAGCUUUCAGAAGCGGCUAAGAAGCCAGCAGUUGCCAAGCCGAAGACAAAGCCAGCUGCCAAGAAGGCUGUGAAAGCUAAGCCAGUGGCUAAGCCUAAAGCUAAAGCUGUUGUUAAGCCAAAGGUUGCUUCAAAGGCAAAAUCUGUUACUACCAAGCCCAAAGCUGCUGCCAAGCCUAAAACUGUUGCUAAGACGAAAGCAGCUGUGAAACCAAAGGCCAAGGCAAGGCCUGCAAAGGUUGCAAAGACAUCGACCAAGACGACGCCAGGAAAGAAAGUUGCUGUUGCGAAGACUGCGCCUAAGAAAGCUGCUGGUACAAAGAAAGCUCCGGUGAAGAGUGUGAAAUCUCCAGCAAAGAAGGCUUCCGGUGUGAAGAGAGGAGGAAGGAAAUGAGACUCUACUGUCUUACUCUUAGCCUUAUCAUUGUAAAGAAUUUUUUGGUUUACCCCUUAUUGUAAUACGGCUAGUUUAUGAUAAAGCUUUUGAAUUUCUUAAA